GUUAUCCCUUCAUCUCUCUCUAGCUCUCUUUCUGUCAGCGUCCUUUCUCGCCUUCCCUUUCUUUUUCUCCUACAGCGCAUGAAAGGAUUUGGUUCCCUCAACCUAGGCACAAUCACCUCAGCUUCUGAGGAGCUUUGAAGAAAACUUCUUGCUCACAUUUUAAAAAAAGGUAACAGAGAACAAAGCUUGAGGUGAAGCCCGGUCAGACAGAUAUUAUGGACUCUACACCUUCUGUGAAGUGGAAACUUGUAUCUUUCUAUAGAAAGCUGGCUUUGUCUUUUACUGCAGAACAUUGAUCAGAAAUUUAGGUAGGAGCGCUUGACCCCAACCAGGACAGAGUCUGAAAGUAUCACCAUGCUUGAGCUGAAGAACCUUGAGGAUUUUAGCGAUGCCUGUCCCUACAUGGAUGUAGUGGGUUCUGAUGACAUGGAGUGUAAGAUCUGCUAUACUGCAUACAAUCUGGAGAGCUGCAGGCCAAAAGUGCUUCAGUGCUGUCAUCAUCUUUGCUCCAAAUGCCUCCUUAAGAUCCUGGACCUGGAUGAGUCACCCUCGAACUCCCUGGUGUGUCCGUUCUGUCGUUAUGUCACCAGAGUCGUUGGGGAGGCUGUGAACAAUCUCCCUGAUGACUGCAACCUGGUGGCAAAGCUCACUCUCCAAAGCAGGAAUCAGAGAAACCUCCUGAUCAACCAGGACUCCACGGCAGAGCUGCUCCUCAGCCCCAGGCGCCUGAACUCACUGAUGGGAGCCAACCCUUCCUCCACCCUCCCCUACUCCACCAUCAGAAGCUCUCCUAACUUUGUAGUCAUCACUAUCAUGGAGCCUCCACCAGUCUCCAUACCCACCCAGAAUCUUCUUGGCAGUGCUUGCAGAGGGAACCAGAACCCACCCGGUCAGGAGUCUUUGCCAUCCAGCUCUCACACAUGGACCAUGUGGAACUGCACAGCUCUGUUCUGCCAGACUUCGGCCAGGGUUCUAUUGUGGAUGCUGGGGCUCUUGUACUUUAGUUCGCUGCCAAUGGGUGUUUACCUGCUCAUUAUGCAAAGGACCACAGUUGGGGUGUUGUUGGUGAGCCUGGUGCCUGCCAGCCUCAUCAUCAUCCUAAUCUACGGGUUCUGUCAGUGUAUCUGCUAUGAGUUAUGGCACUGCCUGCUACCCUGACAGGACUGAUGGGCCAGGCUGAAGGAUAGGGCAAUGCACCGCUCACUUUGAAAAUAUAUUCUUGUGGCUGUUCCUGCGCAGCCAACCUUAAUAACUGAAAAAACAUUUGAAAUCAGUGUCAUUUACACAGCAUCUGUUUUUGUUUUAUACCACAUUUAGUUAAAGCUCCAGUUACAAGAUUAUUUUUUGUGAAGACCUGCUUUAUGAGAAAUAUUUGAAAAUAUAUU